AUGUCUGAACUCAAAAGACCAGCCUCUUCAUACAUUCUCUUCUGUAAUGACCACAGAGCUGAAGUUAAGACCCAACUCGGUGAUAAUGCCAAACCAAAGGAUGUCCAAAAGGAAUUGAGCAAAUUGUGGAACGCUGCUUCCGAGGCAGAGAAGAACAAGUACAAGAAGUUGUACGAGGAGAACAAGGCUGACUACGAUAAAAAGGCUGAAGCAUUGAAGGUAGUUGAAGAGGACAAGGAAGAACAAGAAUCAUCAGGAAGAAAGCUCAGAAAACGUCCACCAAAGAAGGUUUCCGAAGAAGAGCCAAAGAAAAAGAAGAAGUCCACCAAGGAAAAGGCUGAGCCUAAACCACGUGGAGUCACUGGAUACAACUUGUACAUGAAGGAAAACAAGGAAAAGCUCAAGUCAGAUAAAUUGGAAGGAAAGAAGCUCACAGAAAAGGUGAGAAAGAUGUGGAAAGAGUUGUCAGAUGAUGAGAAGAAGAAGUAUAAUGAGAGAGCUUCCAAACUUGCACCUGAAAAGAAGGACGAAGGAUCUGCCUCAGAUGAGUAA